AUGGACACACUACGUCUCCAUCUCUCCUCAUAUUCAUCGUCAUAUUUUUCCAACGCCCUGCUCGCCGGCCUCGUGCUCAUCCCCAUCAUCGUGGUCUUGACUUCCCCCCAGCUACGCAAAUGGCAGUCGAAUCUCAGCCUACUCCGGUUCGGCCACAGGCAAAGAACAGUCACUGAAGUCACCGCGCUGCGGGUCUAUCCCAUCAAAUCCUGCCGCGGCUUCCAGGUCAGCAGGACGACGCUGCGCCUGCAAGGGCUGGACCUGGACCGGCGGUGGAUGUUCGUCGACGCCCGCACGCGCGAGUUCCUCACCAUCCGGCAGAUCCCGCAGAUGACGCUCAUCGGCACAGCGCUCAGCGACGACGGGGAGUCGCUGCUGAUCAGCGUGUCCGGCAAGACGGUCAGCAUCCCCGCGCAUCCCAGCGACGAGUGGCUAGCGGCCAACACGACCCUGGCCAGCGUCAAGAUCUGGGACCUCGAGACGGACGGGUACCUGUACGGGCGCGACGUGAACGAGCCGUUCUCAGCCUUCCUGCAAAAGGACGUCUGCCUGGUGUACAAAGGGCCGACACCGCGCGUGCUGCGCGGCAACGGAGACCCGCGCGUGCUGGGCCGCACGCAGACGACCUUCUUCCCGGACGUGCACCCGGUGCUCAUUGCGUCGGAGGCGUCGAUGGCGGAGCUGAACGCGCGCCUGGCCAAGAAGGGCGUCGACCCGAUCACCAUCGAGCGGUUCCGGCCCAACAUCGUCGUCAAGGGGACCGUCCCCUGGGCAGAGGACACGUGGAAGUUGGUGCGAAUCAGCCAGACGUCUACGUCUACGUCUCCGGAGAAGGAGCAGAAGCAAGAGAAGAAACCGCUAGACAUCGACAUCAUCGCCCGCUGCACCCGCUGCCAGGUCCCCAACGUCGACCCGUCCACGGCAAACAAACACCAGUCGGAGCCCUGGGACACGCUCAUGUCGUACCGCCGCGUCGACGAGGGCAUGAAGUACAAGCCGUGCUUCGGCAUGCUGAGCGCGCCGCGGAACGAGGGCGAGAUCGAGGUCGGGAUGAAGCUGGAGGUGUUGGCGGAGACGAAGCAGCAUCGCGAUGGCUUUUGCUCUAUUGAUGAUGAUGAUGAUGACGGUGUUGAUAAUGAUUGA